AUGCCCAUCAGCGCUCCCAUCGGCGUAAGCAUUGAUGGCUAUACAAGCGCUAUUGCUGAAUGUGGACGACAACUUCGAUGGGAGAGGUCUUUGAUUUUGUUGAACAAGCUCGAAAGGAGACGGCUGCCUUGUAGUGUCAAGACCUUUGGUGCUGCAAUGGGUGCAUGCGCAACUGCCACUGAAUGGGAGCGGGCCUUGUGUUUGCUCGAAGAGUAUGAUGUACGACGGUUAGCCCCAGAUCGAGCCGCCUACAAUGCUGCCAUUCAAGCCUGUGGAAAGGUUGCUUCGACUAAUCAGGCGUUGUCUCUCUUUGAAGAGCUGGAAACUGUUGAAGAACCAAAUUGCAUAAAUUACAAUACUAUUCUUUUUGCUUGUGUCGAAGGUGGAGCAUGGGAGAGAGCCCUGGGCUUUCUGAAGGAUUUUAAAACCAAAAGCUUCGACCCCACUUUCCAAACUUGGAGCAUCGAGAUUCAGCUGCGGGCGCUUUUAGCUUCUUCUUCACUUUGGGAAGCUGGGCUUCAGAUCAUCGCAGAGAAUUUUUUAGAGACUUCACGGAUUACUGCAGAGAUCUCAGACCGGGACAAAGUGCAGGUCGAGCAUGCUUUUUGUGCCUUUUUGGGCACAACUUCCGCAGCAUGGCAGUUGGGUCUGUCGCUUCUUGUGGAGUUGAAGGAUCGUAGAAUGACGCCUACCCAGGAGAUGUACAGAGAGGCCAUGAGCGGACAAAUGUCUGGCCUUGAAGGCCUUGAAGCCCCCUUUGAUCUUGGCCCUGAGGAUUUAUUAGGAGGAUGA